UCUUUUUCAUCGAUUUCGAAGCCGCGAAAAAAGCAGCCACACCAAAAUUUGUACUUUGCUAAUGUCGAGUUAGAUAUUUGUUUCACAUGUUGCUGUGUCCCUAAGAAAUCUUCAUUUCUCAAACAAUUUCUUUUUCGCCGUGGCCUUGACAAGGUACUAGAAUGGGUCACUCGACAUAGAGCCCUGUUCGUACAAUCUCUAAGAGCCUAUUUUAUUGGAGGCAGGUGGUAGUCGUCCAGGCGCGACCACCACUCGUUCUCCCACACCCACUGUUCAAAGAGGAACUAAGAUAGACUCCACAAAAAACACAACCAACAUGCCCCGCACCGUAGCUCUUCCGAGCCCUCGGACCAGCAGUGCAAGUCGUGCCGCAAGCAGCUAAUUUUGUUGCAAUUUAUUUGCCGUCCUGCUCCGGUCAUAAUUGCGCCGUCCUAUAUUAUCCACCUCUACUUGCUUUCAACCCGCCGGGGCAAGAAAAAUAAACGUGUUGAACCGCCCAUAGUACAACUUCUACGACGCGGCGCUGGAUAAGUUGCGGCAAGAACCGGCACCGACUGCAACGCAGAGGCGCACUUGAAAAUACCGUGGUGAAAUGCAACAAAUAAGGAGAUCAUCACUCUCGUCAUCUUGAAAAGCUAGUACGGGUAGAAGUCCGAGUGGGAACCGAGAACCAGUACAAGCAAAUCGACGCCAAAUCUCGCAACGAGCGCACUCGUCAACAAAUUCUACUAUCUGGGCUAGCAGCUCAUCGCAAGCCAGCGAAGUACUUCACCUCCACCAGCUGAAGCAUAGACCCUGGUCUUGUAGCGAUUCCCUGAGACAAAGAAAAUUUCGGAGUCGUUUUAAAAAGGCUGCUCAUCUGAUAAAAGGUAGAAGCCGAGACUGAACGGCGUAAAUUUAUUCGCAGUUGUGCAUAAGGAAGCGCAAGCGGCGCGAGGACGUGAAUAACAAUAAAGAAACCAAUCCAGAACGACGACGCAGGAGCACUACUCGCCAAAAUGGUGAUCGUUCGACCCGGUGGCGUCCUUGUUGGCGUCCUGGCCGCUUCCUCCAGUACUUCCCCCUUUCCCUUCAGCGACGGCGGUACUUCUAGUAGUGCAGCGGCAUCCACCUCUUCCUCAGCAAUCUCAACCGCAGCAGGAGCUUUAGCAACAUCAAUUAUACCAGCGAUACUAUCUUCCUCCCUCGUAUUGCUCCCCUCGAUCAACAUGAUCCCAGGCGUUUCUGCCACGGAAAACCCGCCACCCCCGCCCAACCAGCCCCCGCAAUACGCGUAUGACACUAUGCACACGCCGAGGAGAAGGGGCGAGCGGGUGAAAUGGAUAGAAUUAGUACACCACACGUUCCGGGACGGGAACAUAACCGACAACGGGCUGGCUCUAUGGUCACUAGAAUCCUGCGCGAUACCCAUGGCGGAUCAGAUACAGCUGUUUACCGACGUCACGGAAAGGAGCGGCCAGCUGUGGAACCGGGAAGCGAUAACGACAGACAACUGGGAAGUGCAGUUUCAACUGGAUGUAUAGUUAGAGUGGGUUCUUCUUUCUGCUUUGAUCAUAAUUACUUGGUGGAAUUGGAUCAUGCAGUAAACAGUAUGUGAACGUGUAGAAGUUGAAAUUGUUAUCCGUAUUCCAUCAAAUACAAAUUUAUCGUCGUCCUGCUCUCCCCCAUCGUCGGUCCCCACAUCAACUACCUGAAAGGUGUCCGCCUUGAACAUCAUCCCGAAGACGCGGAACGUCGGCGUGGCAUUUUGGCUGACGGACUUUCAAGUCACGUCGGUGCUGAACGCGAAAAACAUCGUCGGCUCUUCUCCGAUGAACCAGGCUGAUAGCGUAUCAAAUGCACAAAUGUCUGGGUCUGGAAGAAUUCAUUUUUGUCAUGCUUGUCUGGCAUGACUCUUAAAUCUGUCACGCACGUUACCCAGAAAGAGCUCCGUUUUUCUGUGAUGCAGAGCCGCAGUUUGUCAUGCAGAAUAGGCAACACCUAGGAGCUCAGAAACUUGCCAUGCUGAGCCAGUAUUCGUAGCCUCAUCAUGAGACGCCACCCAGCAUCACAAGUUUCCAGACCCAGACACUUUUACUUUUGAUAUAGCGACUGGAACGACAAUUUGGCGCACUUGGGGUACGAUUUCCUCGGCCACGACACGACGCUCCGGGGGUUUGGCCUCAUCUUCUCGAUCGAAGAUGAGACCGGGAAUGUGAACCCAAAUUUGAGCUGUAUAGAAGAAGUGCUCAGUUUUAAUUUUGUGUAGUGAUGUUGUAUGUCACCUACCACUCUGCUUCACCAUCUCCAUCAGUCACCCUAUUAUAGGUUUUGUUUGCAGUCAUCAUCCACGCAGCAGGCGGGUAGUUGUGAUGUAAUUGCGUGAAAACGCUUCGUUCUUUUUUGACAAACGAAACAAACGCCGCAGGUACCAGAACACCGCGCUCAGAGAAACUCCAGAUGGGUGUGAAUUUCCCGGACAAAAACGCAAUGAAAAUCGAUUUUCGAAAUCAACCACUGGACGUUCGAGUGCGGGUGAAAGCCGGAUCUGUCAGCGUGGACUACAAGUAAAAUUUAUAGAUAAUUUGUGAUCGAAAAUUUAAUAUGUACUUAUUUGCUAGAACAGCUCUAUGUCUCUCUGCUCGACGUCCACCUCGUCCUUCUUGCUACUUCUUCCCUGUGUGGUUUAUCAACUCGCAUUCUAUAGCUAUACGCGAAACGUCGAUUUUUUUUUGAUUUUUGAUAAAAAAAAAUCAGAUUCGCGGCUACGGGCACGAGCGCUGCCAGCGACCGCAAUGCCCACUACUGGCGCCAUGUCUGCAUGCUGAGAGACUACGAACCCCCAAAGCGGACCUACAUGGGCUGGUCAGCUUGGAGCGGGACGCCCAAAGUCGCGGGACAGGCACCCGGCGACUUCAGGGCGGCGGUGAAAAAGAUCCGCACGUAGAAAAUUUAAACUUUACUGAUGAUUUUUCCAUGUUGCAUCUAACUAUAUGCAUUUUGUUCAUCCACCCUCGCCUGCAACUACUACGGCUUCACAAUCUGUGCCUAGUUUACAAAGCAGGAAUAAAUGAAUCAAGAUCCAAAUUAUCCAACAGCUGGAACUACAACCUCGCCACCGUGGGCUCCGAGAUGUCUGUACGAUAGUGCACGAUUCCACUCCCUCUUUUCAUUUCGAAUCAUGCAUGAGCAGCAAGAGGAGAACGAGAAGCACUCCACAAAGGAUGCUUCUUCCGCAUGAUAAUUAAAUCUUCCGCAAGUCACGGUGGACUGUAGAUGUAGCAGUGAAACAAGUAAUAUUUCGCAAUUGCAAGUUAUGAAUGAAGGGCGGGAGCAGCUCUGUGCACUCUCAUAAUCCGGUGUCGCUGAGGAAAUUCGGGACAUGUACGCAGACCUUCACAAAAAGAACUUUUUGUUUGAGAGUAUGGCCUCCUCAGACGGAACGAUUUGAACUGGAAGAAUUUGUCAUGAACAAGUCCAGCAUGGCAGUAAAAGAUCUCCAAGACAACUCCAAACGACCACAUUGGAACAAUGAUCUGCGUAAAGUUUGUAAUGCAAAUAGGCAGGAGCAAACGAUGAAUCACAUCAGAUUCAGACUUGACUUUUCCCUUUCAGACGAGACAGCGUUCGGCUUGACCACGACCUUGUUCCACCUAAGAAAUCGUUCCGCCUGAGCAGGGCAUAGAGAACCAGCGCGAGCAAACGGAAGCGAUUAAUGGCAUCCUGGGCAUGCUGAAGCAGUACGUGAUGGGCAGUCACAAGACGGAGGAGAGCCAGGCAAGGACCCUGCUGCACGUGAAAUCCCAAAUGCUGGACAUGGAAGCCAGCGCGCUCAAGUUGAAGAACGAAAUCCACUACGUCUUGGGUAUAGAACGAAGUAGCGCUGUUUGAGAACAAAUUCAUCUCGUUUUUUCAUUCAGAAUAGAAGAUGGUGGUCUGCACCAAUGUCACGACAUGAUGAACGUCAGCUGUGAUGCUCAGAUAUUAUUUAAGUGCAAAAAUCGAUGUCGAUCUACAACUCCGUCAGAUGAAACAAACUCAAAUACAGACGAAGGCGAGAAGCGGCGUAUUGAGAUGAGCGCCGCGGAGAAAAAAGCCAAAAAAGACCGCAUACUGCGCGAACUUCGGCAGGAGAUGGGAAGUAUCAAAAACGUGAUCUCAAGCAGCGCAGAAGACACGCAGAAGCUGGCAACGGUUUCCACCUCGGUAUAGAACGAACUGAGAUGAUGUAGUUUUGCCUAGUGCUACUCCUUUCCAAGGUUCGAAUGAAUUUACUCUAACAAGAUAGAGGCGCGACCAUGACCAUCCUGUGCUGUCUCAACAAGAAGAUCAAAAACUACCACUACGUUCAUAUCAGGCCCAAGAAGCCGCGAAGACGGACAAGAAGGUGAUGUCGGUUUCCGAGCAGACGGAUGCCAUCAAACGGGCCGCGGAAAGCCAAAUGUUUUACACGAGCUGGAUGAACUAUCGCACGAAAAUAAAACUGUCUCACUGUAGUGAUUUAGCAAAGUUGAUGUAGCAGCAGGGCUAGUAGCUGCUGCAUCUUCACAGGUUUCUUGCUCUUCCGCAUGACAAAGACAAUCAAAAUGUGUCAACAUCAUCAUGCGAGCAUUGUCUCUAGGAGAAAUAAAUACGGCUAUAUUUAUAUUGCUUUGCAUGUGUAGCACGACAGCCCAGCGGCAUCUUUUGUGAUGGAGGAUCCUUUGCAUUUACAGAUUUAAAGUGAAACAUAUUUUUUCUUGCGAUAUUCACGGGAUGGUGAUCGUUUCCCUGCUCGGCAUCGUCGUCUGCAUCUUCUCCAAAAUCAUCUACUUAUCCACUGCAAAAAAUAGGUCUCCGUCUGGAACGAUGCAAAGAUUUGCGAUGCAGCUUUGGCAUGACCCACAAGAAUUAUGUGAAAUACGAGCUGUAGCAACACAUUCACAAGUUUGAUGGUGGAGAUGGCUCCUACUUACUUAUUUCCUGUGUAGUUAUUCAAUCCAGAGCCAAAUCUUUGUGUCGACCUUCCUUAGCAUGAUCCAGACCAAGACACAUUUGCAAUGCAUACCACUACGAGAAAAAGCAUUUGCUGUAGCCACGACAUCUGGCGCAGCCUUUCCAACGUUGUGGCUGUGGAAACGACGAGCAGCAAUUCGGAGCUUUCUUUGUUCUCUCGCAUCGCCUCUUGAAAGAAACAUGUUGAAUUUGAACACUCGAAGCAGAUUAUCUUGAAUGAACAACCAUCCAUCCUUCGGAUGUAAUUGAAAAACUUAAAUUUUUAUGAUCACAACUCACACUCUCAAUCUCAAACUCAAUCUACUCGCGACUCUUCUACACAAACUUUUUGUAUCUGCUGCGAUACUGAUGUACACGAAUAUCUUCUUUUGAUGUAUGGCGAAACCAGAUUCCGCCCGAAUCUUGGUAGGUGGAGCCUCAGUGCUGCCAGUACUGUGACUUGCAUAAAAUUCUAUGAAGUCUUAGCUCAUGUACAAUUUGACAAUGAUACAGAUCCAAGAUGAAACUACCCAGAUAAAAUUACCACUAGUAUUGCGACAUCUCCUUGAGAAAUCUAACGAAAAACAAUAAACAAUUGAGAAUAUUAGUCUACAGCGAAAAUACCUCUUUGCUUUCUCUGUUCGUACAGGAGGAGAAGCUUCGCACGACAGAAUCACUCCACCUGGAAGCUUGUAGGUAUAAUUGCCGAGAUGAGCAUCUUCAAAAUGACGCAUCGACUACCGCCAGUAGGAAAAUCAUGCGGUAUUUUAGAUGUUGGGAAAAAAACGAAAAGUAGAGCUCUCUUGUGUAGUCCCGAUGAACGAUAUGAUAGCGACAAACUACCUACAGCAAAGCGGCCUGCUUGCGCGCGACAGAAAAAUGUACCAAAUCCCAAGCAGCAGCAUAAUCGUUGAGAGUUGCUCCUCCUGAAUUUUGUGGUCGCGAGCUCUACUUCUACUCGUCACUACUUACGCAACCAAGACCAACAGGAAGAAAACGUCGGCGCGACUGAAUGUCUUCUGACCUAUUAAGCAGGACAGAACUUCGCAAACAGUAUGGUCAGCGCUUUGUUCUGGAUCAUGGUUGUAAACGUAUUGGUCACCUCCGGAAGGAGAUGCUGCACAAACUCGAAAGGAACGCUC